AUGAAGCCAUCGCUUCUGCUGUCUGGCGACCGGGCCAACUUUACUAUACUGGCUGUAGACCUCGAGAAGGGAGAGAUCAAAGUUAUCGCUGAUUACCCAGCACCAGAAAAUGUUUCUUGGGUAGAACUAGAAUCUUCUAAUGGAGCUAUUGACCGAAUGAUUGCCUUGUCAGAGGGCGAAGAGUCCGGCCUUCUUUUCACUUUUGAGAUUGACCACUCAAAAAAGACUUGCAACAUCACUAGCCAACAGCCGACACUGGGCGCACCCGCUCACUUCAUCACGCUAAAAGACAAGACCGCUCUGGCACUUGGUACUUAUCUUGGAGGCUCUGCUGCCCUUUACCCAAUUUCCAUCACUGAAAGCAAAGGACUUAGACUCAAAGAAACACCUCGAACUGAGAUCCUGCCAGAGUUUCCCUACAAAACGGCUGGACACGGCCCUAAUAAGGAUCGACAACAACAAUGCCAUGUGCACCAAGUGCUUGAAGAUAAAAAAGGACUUCUGUAUGCGCCUGAUCUAGGCGCUGAUCGCGUGUGGGUUUUCGCUCGCCAAGGAACGGAGCUGGAAGUAAGAGGCUGGCUCCAGUGCCCACCUGGGUCGGGUGCUCGGCAUGCUGUCUUGACACCUGAUGAAAAACUCAUAUAUGUCAUUGGCGAGCUUUCACACGACAUCGUUGCCUUUGAUCUCUCUAUUCCACCAGGUAAAGACGUACAGCCUAUCAACGGCUUUGAGGUCAACGUCAUUCCUCCUAAUGUUCAUCCCGACCAUCAAUUCAUGAUGGACUCAGCCGAACUCUCCUUACAUCCCAAGAUUCCCAAUAUUUUAUACGUCAGCAACAGAUGGGAAAAGCACAUCGCCGAGCGCGCGCCUCAUUUACAAAACGUCCAUGAACAACCUCAAGGCGAUACUAUCGCUAUCAUCCUGCUUUCAGAAGACGGCAAGAAAUUUCAGGAGAUCAAGCACAUACGAACAAAUCUCGACACAAUACGCGGUUUCAGACUUAGCGGUGAUGGCAAAUUUGCCGUGGUGGCUGGUCAGGAAGGAGGUGGAGUCGAGAUAUAUAGUAUAAGUGGCGAUAGAGGUGACGUGUGGACUCUCAUUGCAAGCUUGAAUGAGGGAUUAGACAGCGGUAUUAAACACGCGGUCUGGCUGUAG